CGCUGACCCUCUCCCCAGCUUGCCAAUGAGGACUCAGAAUAAUUAAAUUUUAGUCUAACAACGAGGAUCCUGCCCAAGGUUAAGCUAAAGAAAAACAUUGCAGCCCUGAAUGGAGCUUUUUAACAUGAAACUUAGUGGAAUUAUCUGCACCCCAGAGCACCAUGGAGCAAUUUUCAACAUGGGAAAAAAAAUGUUUUGUGUGUCUGGUGAUAGAAAAUCGUAUGCAUGUUGUAGACAUGACCCAAAACAUAUAGCUAAUGGGGUAGUGCCCCCCUGGAGCCAAACAUCUGACUGUAAUCUGAACCGACAUGCUGGAGCACUGAAUAAAAGAAGCAUGAACACAGUAGUGACAGGAGGUGGAGGAUACUUUGGAUAUAAUUUGGGGUGUGCUCUUGCCAAAUCAGGAGCCUUGGUUGUUCUGUUAGAUAUACAAGAGCCCAUUUGGGAAAUUCCUAAUGGAGUAGUGUUUAUCCAGGCUGAUGUGAGGGAUUAUGAUGCCCUAUUUGCAAUUUGUGAAGGGGCUGACUGUGUGUUUCAUGCAGCUGCAUAUGGAAUGUCAGGAAUAGAGCAACUACAAAAAGAAAAGAUUGAAUCUAUAAAUGUUGGUGGGACAAAACUCAUAAUUGAAGUCUGCAAACAACAGAACAUCCCCAGAUUGAUAUAUACUAGUACAGUGAACGUGGUCUUUGGAGGGAAUCCCAUUGAAGAUGGCGAUGAGGAAACUGUGCCAUAUUUUCCACUAGAAAAGCAUAUUGACCAUUAUUCCAAGACCAAAUCAAUUGCUGACCAAAUGGUACUAGCAGCUAAUGGAACUCCAGUAGCAGGAGGUGAUAAGCUCCGUACAUGUGUUCUUCGCCCACCAGGCAUCUACGGACCAGGAGAGCAAAGACAUCUGCCACGAGUAGCAGUUAAUAUUCAGAAGGGGCUGUUUCGCUUCAGGUUUGGGGACCCUUCUGCCAAAAUGAACUGGGUUCACGUACAGAAUCUUGUACAAGCUCAUAUCUUGGCUGCUGUGGCUCUUACCUCUGAGAGGAACUAUAUAGCUAGUGGUCAGGCAUACUACAUAAAUGAUGGCAAGAAUGUCAACCUUUUUGAAUGGAUAACUCCACUAUUUGAAAAAUUAGGUUGCAGUCCACCAUGGAUACGUAUUCCUACUUGCUUUGUUUACGUAGCAGCCACAACAAUGGAAUAUCUGCACUUGGCGUUGAAACCAGUUAUUGAAUUUACACCUUUGCUGACCAGAAAUGAGGUGCGGAACAUUGCUGUGACUCACACAUUCCGAAUAGACAAGGCACGCAACCAGCUAGGUUAUUAUCCAAAGAAGUUCACGUUUGCCGAUUCUGUGGACCAUUUUAUUAAAACAAGACCAGAAAACCAGAAUCAUCACAUCUUCCUUAAAGUCAUAUUUUCCUUAAUUGGCAGCUUUCUAAGUUUGAUGUUUCUUUCUUUUACAUUGCAAGACCUUUCAAUUAUGCAUUUUUUCAAAGAAAACCAACAUUAACUUACGUUUCCUGAGCAUUUCCUGGCUUGUAAUCAAAGUAUAGUCCUCGGCUCACAUGGGCUGCAUUACUCUGCACCAGAUAUUAGCUCCGAUGUAAUAGGCAGUUAUUUUUAGGCUUAAACUAAAAAAAAGACGGCACAUCAGUAAACCUUCUUAAAAGGUUAAAAUAAAGUAUAGUAAGGUCAGAAGGCCAAAGGUGAUCACCAAUGACAAAUGCAGAAGUCAAAGCUGUUGAAUCUAUUUGUUUCACACCAAAAGGGCUUCUUUCCAAACUGCUUGUUGAAGUGGAUGACAAACUGGAAGAGAAGGAACUAGAGUAAAUCUGCAAUACUGUAUCAACAAAGACAAGCACAGCUAGAAUAAGGAGAAAGACUGACCAGACCUCUUGCCAAUGCAUGUUAUUGCAAGGAAUACAGAGAAGCUGGAAAACAGAACAACAAAAGUGAAAAACAGAUUCAUGUAAACAAUACACAAUGCACACAAGCUGUACAGAAAAGAUGAAUGCAAUGUAA